CACUGAUUUCGAGUCAUUCCCCGCUGCUCUCUCUGAGAUGCUAUCUGUUUAAUCAGCACACGUAUGCGCAGAGAUUUGCACAGCGAAAAUGCCUUUGGCCAGAGACCUUCUCCACCCGUCACUUGACCAUGAGAGACGACAACAUAAAAAGAAAAGACUUGUUCAGAGUCCUAACUCCUACUUUAUGGACGUGAAAUGCCCAGGCUGCUACAAGAUCACCACUGUGUUCAGUCAUGCACAGACUGUGGUACUUUGUGUGGGAUGCUCAACAGUGCUGUGCCAGCCCAAAGGAGGAAAGGCCAGACUAACAGAGGGUUGCUCUUUUAGGAGGAAGCAACAUUAGAUGGACAUUGGAAACUUAAUGUCUGACUUUAAGCAGUGCCUUUUUUAUAAAUCUUCCCAUUGGUUAAAUGGUGUCCAAUGACUAGUUAUCAUACAAAUUUUAACUUGUAGACAAAAAAUUACUGGCAGAAUUUAAUACUCAAAUCUCAGUAAAUAAAGA